UUAAUAAAGCGGUUCUAAGAGGAGAGGAAGUUUCCGAUAAAUGGAAAUUGUAUUCAAUUUCAAAGUGUUAUUACACAGCAGGUAUAUAUGUAACUCUAACAGGUAUCAGGUAGCAGACAAUUUUGAGUUAGCACAGAAGAAAUUAAAACUUGCUGAACUAACUUCAGAUUUACAAACAGAUAGUGAAGACAGUGAAUCCAUCACUUUGAAAUCCAAGAGAAAAGUUACUCGACCAAUUCGAUUUGAUAGCGAUGAAGAAUAUUCAGAAAAUUUUAUUCCUCGGCCGCCAAGCCUUAACAAUCUGAGGCCAAAUAUUGAAGCACCAAAUGAUCAUCGAUAUGAAGCAGGUAGUGCUAGUGCUGGCACCAGUAGUAAUUAUUCAUCAAAGGCUAUCAACAUUUGUAAAGUGAGAGAGCUCACUCACGAUUCCAUACGACCAGCUAAAGAACUAAUAAUUAAUGGUUCAGAAGCAAUUUCGAAAUCAGCAUUUGAAAUCCUUUUGACGAACCUGUUGGAAAUAAAGCAACAAAACAAGAAAAUUUUAAAUUUAUUGGAUCAAAAAGAGAGCUUAGCAAAAUCAGUAAUACCGGAUGAUCUUCCAGUUACAUUUCCUCUAAAGAAUUUGGAUGAUCUUGUUUCUUUUGAAGGUUACCUAACAUCAAAAUCUGAAGGUGCACAUGCCAUUAUGAUGCACGAAAAUAUGGAGUUUUAGAUAAUAUCUCAGCAUUUCCUUUUGAAAACAAUUUGGGUGCGAUAAAAAAAUUGAUACGUUCUCCUAACAAACCUUUGCAGCAACUAUAUCGCCGUUUCAAUGAAUUAAACGAAAAAAAUAUGGCAGCAGUUGUUACUGAUUCUUUAAAGACAAGAUGUGAGCACAAUCGUGGUCCAAUGUUAACAACAUACACCAAGUAUAAACAAUAUGAGAAAAUCAGUUUUAAAAAUAUGACUUUUACCAUUCAUGCUCGGUCACCUAGAAAUUCAUACUGCCUUGACAAGUCAAAUAGAAUCUUUGAGAUCCACAACAUCCUGGUAGAUUCUGGUGGACUUAUAGUAUUUAUUUGUAAAGAAUUUUUAUCUUAUAAAUCAUUGUUUUCUUAUCCUUUUGAGUCUAGUGAUUUACAAAUUUUUAUUGUUGAAGUCUUAUCUGAAUUUAAAGAGCUAAGUUUUCAGGAUAUUAUUACCAAAUGUAUUAUUUUUCAUCUGACAGAUAACUCUCGUGCAGCUUUUCCUUUGCUACAUAAUAUGAACUAAUAACAUUUAUUAAAAUGUAUUAAUUAUUAUUUAAAUGACGUUUUAUGUUUAAUAAGAAAUAACUUUUCUUAUCCGUUUGAGUCUAGUGAUUUACAAAUUUUUAUUGUUGAUGUCUUAUCUGUAUUUAAAGCGCUAAGUUUUCAGGAUAUUAUUACCAAAUGUAUUAUUUUUCAUCUAACGGAUAACUCUCGUGCAGCUUUUCCUUUGCUACCUAAAAUAAACUUAUUA